CAAAAUCACUCGUUUUAUUUACAUGUGAAAGAAUAUUUUUUCCUGUCCACCAGGUUUCUUUUGAUACCCACAUGCGCUGCAUGUCUUCAUGUUCAAUUUUUUUUUAAAGGAGCGCGAAUAAACAAUUAUUAAUACUGAGUGACGCAAAGUAACACAAUUAUAACAAUGGACAAAGAAUACAAACGAUUCUAACGUAGUCAGUCAUUUUGACUUUGUCAAGAAUGUCAAGAUGCGCGCGUAAAGAAGGACAGAGAGCUAUGUUCAAGACGACUGCGCAUCCUUGUGAGUUGAAAAUGGAAUACCUUAUAUCACCUUGUAUUCUUAUGCCAUGGGUAUUCCAUUCACAAUUUACAACAUCACGAUUUGGCCGGAAUCGCCGUUAUUCCGUCGGCGAGCGCCAUUAAAUUAGAAGAAGGAAACGCCUCGAUACUGCCCAACAGCAACAUUGACUUGCAUUGAUUGACUGCUACUGAUCCAUAUCCGUCCCGCAUCAGCAACGACCAGCAACGGCCGUCGAACUGUCGAAAGUCGAAACGUGGCUGACUGCUGAAUGCGUCAUCCGGAAAUAAUGGACUUCAGAUCAAAUCAAACGUGAAACAUGAUGCUUGGGUUUUAGCUGGAUUAUGCAUCAGCUUUCAUUGAAUAUACUUGCUGCUUUUCAGUUCGUAAAUGCUACAACAUGCCACCAAAACAGAGGAAAAUAGCUAUUAUGGGCUAUAGAUUUGUAGGUAAAUCAUCUCUUAGUAUACAAUUUGUCGAGGGACAGUUUGUAGACUCAUAUGAUCCUACAAUAGAAAAUACGUUCACAAAAAGUACACGAGUAAAUAGUCAAGAUUAUGAACUCAAGUUAGUAGAUACAGCUGGUCAGGAUGAAUAUAGUAUAUUUCCUACUCAGUAUUCGAUGGAUAUUCAUGGCUAUGUUCUAGUAUAUAGCAUAACCAGUGCAAAGAGUUUUGAGAUUGUACAAAUUAUUUAUGACAAAUUACUCGACAUUACUGGAAAACUCCAUGUUCCGAUCGUAUUAGUGGGUAAUAAAACAGAUCUGUAUGUUGAUCGCAUGAUCACGACAGAUCAGGGAAAACGUUUAGCAAACUCUUGGAAUGCAGCAUUUCUAGAAACCAGUGCAAAACAAAAUGAGUCUGUUGCAGAUAUUUUUCACACACUACUAAAGGAGAUCGAGAAAGCCAAUGGGAACGUACAAGAAAAGCCGAAUUGUAUUAUUUGUUGAAUUGUUUGAAUCAAUGGCUUUAACAAAAAUGUAAAUGUGUAAAAUUUGGUAAAAGAAACCAUUAUCGUUAUACUCUGAUACCUUUACAAUCUCAUUAAGAUAAAUAUAAGUGUCAAAAAGUGUAAAUGAAAAGUGUAUGUUAAAUGAUUAUAUUUUAUUUUUUCUCGUUAUACAUUAUAGAUAAUUUAGUUAAUUAAUAUACA